AAGUUAAUAAAGACAGCAUAUUUAUCUCAGCUCUAUUUGGCUCUUCAUGGUAAGCAAGCAGUGACCUCCUUUUUCACUGUUACUAAAAUUUCCCACUUCCAACACAUUAUUAUAAUCAACCCUUUAUGGCAUUUUGGUACUGGUGUACAUACAGUGAAUGAAUGGAUGAAUGGGUGGGAAAGCUCAAACCAAGUCUUCUUCUAGUGAACCUGUCUUGUGAAAUAAUUUCUUAUGCAAGGGUGGUGAACAGUGAAAGAGAAGUUUAAUUGAAUUGGUAGAGGUGGUGUGGAGCAAUAGAAAGAUAACUCUGAGGAGAGCAACUCUCUUAAGUGGUAGAUUUUAUGGACUGGAACUUGAAGGCAACUUCCUGGGAUUUGACUGAAUUUGAGCAAGGAGCUGUUCCAAGCAUAAGCAUAGAUGCAUUUGAUAGGUCAACUAACUUUGGAGUUAACAGGAGUGGAGGGGGUUUUUCUAUUGAUUUGAAACUUGGUAGGGUUGGUGAUUCAAGUGAUGAAUCUAUAAUUAAUUGGAAGCAGCCUGGAGUCUCAAAACUACAGCCCUUACCUUCUGGAUCAACGAAGAGAGCACGCGGAGCUAACAGUGGAACUCAGGUAGCUAUGUGCCUUGUUGAUGGUUGCAAUUCAGACCUCAGUACUUGUAGGGACUAUCACAGGCGCCAUAAGGUCUGUGAGCUUCAUUCCAAGACUCCUCAGGUUACAGUUGGCGGUCAGAAGCAGCGAUUCUGCCAACAAUGUAGCAGGUUCCAUUCCCUGGAGGAAUUUGAUGAAGGGAAAAGAAGCUGCAGGAAACGUCUUGAUGGGCACAAUCGGCGGCGAAGGAAGCCUCAGCCAGAUCCCCAUUCUCGUCCUCCAAGUUUUUUAUCCAAUUAUCAAGGUACCCAAUUAUUUCCAUUCUCUAGUUCCCAUGUAUAUCCAUCCUCUACUGUAUUGAAUCCCACGUGGUCGGGAGUUGCUAGUACUGAGGCAGAUGGUAGGCACCAUAAUCUGCAUCAACUUCCUGACAAACAGAACCUGUUCUUUGGAUCAUCCUCGAGCAGUUACCAUGGAGUGAAGCAGUUCCCUUUUUUGCAUUGGCACAGCCCUGGCCUUAACAAUCAGACAUCUCCGGAAGCUUCUGUCUGCCAGCCGCUUCUAAGAACCAUUGCUUUGCCAGGAAGUAGUGGGGCAAGUAGCCAUAGUAUGUUCUGUGACAGGUUAACACAAAUACAAGACUCGGAUUGUGCUCUCUCUCUUCUGUCAUCAACACAGACGCAUGCAUCCGGGAACCUCAUGGUGCAACAUAAUUCAGUCCCUUUAUCGCAUCCUAUAGGCCCAACAGUACAUGAUCAUGGUUUAGGGCCAAUUGAUUCAGUUUUGGUUUUCAAUAACAGGGAUGCUAAUGUCCAUUUUCCAGGAACGUUUCAACCGCAGUCUGGUGGUUCCUCUGGCAACAAAGCCCCUCAAACACUUCCAUUUAACUGGGAGUAAUAAUCUCCUGGACUCCCAUUUUGAUGCACAAUAAUUUUGGAUUCUUGCUGAAAUAUUCCUCAAGGGAUUCUCAUCUCUACUAACUAGAAUGCUGGAUUGUUUAAGUUGUUUUUUUAAUGAUUGACAGCAAAUUGAAAAUGUUAGUAGUUCAAUUUUUAUCCUUCCAUUGUUACAAAACCUUGUAUCAUAUCAUUCUGUGACUAGGAGAUCUUCAUCA